CUUCUCCCACCUCUUGAGGUUGACGACUUGCAACACGAGGAAGAAAGCAGCAGCCUCUCCCCAUGAUGGCGGCCACCAUAGACAACAGCAAUGCCGUCCAGGCGACCAAGAAAAAGCAUCUCGGCAUCCCAGAGGCGGUAUUUGUGGAAGACGUGGAUUCGUUCAUGAAGCAGCCGGGCAACGAGACGGCGGACGCGGCUUUAAGGAAGCUGGAUGAGCAGUACCAGAAGUAUAAGUACAUGGAGCUCAACCUGUCGCAGAAGAAGCUCAGGUUGAAAAACCAGAUCCCGCAAAUCUCACAGACGCUAGAGAUCCUGCGACACAUGCAAAAGAAGAAGGAGACCACGGAACCAAUGGAGACACACUUCCUUUUAGCCGACAACGUUUACUGCAAGGCCUCAGUACCACCUACUAACAAAGUUUGCCUAUGGUUAGGUGCCAAUGUCAUGCUGGAGUACGACAUCGAUGACGCUCAGGCUCUGCUAGAGAAGAACCUGUCCACGGCCUCUCGCAACCUGGAGACGCUGGAGGAGGACCUAGAUUUCCUGCGAGACCAGUUUACCACCACGGAAGUCAACAUGGCGCGAGUCUACAACUGGGACGUGAAGAGGAGGAGCAAGGACAACCUCCUCAAGUCCACAGACAAGUCUUAAUCCAGAUAGGACAGCCCCUGCCCCGUUUCCUGAUAUGUGGUCUUCUGUUCAGUCAGUGCAACAAACCCCCUCCUACAGCGAGACUCACCUAGGGCCAGAUGGUGGCGCUGUGUUUUGGAUUCAGAAUCACUCUAGUGUAGCCACCACAGUUGAUUUCAUACUUUUUAAAGUCUAUUUUCAGGUAAAAAACAAAACAAAAAAAAAACGGCAUUUUUUUUGUAUUCUUUGUUCUGUCCUCUCCCCUUUUUGUUCCGUCUGUAUUUAUUUGUCUGUCACUGUGCUCGUGAAUUAAAACAUCAAUGAACAGCUCUGGCUGUCCGGUAACAACUCUUGUGUUAUUUUAACAGAUGAAGGGAGGCAGUCAACACAUUAGCACCCAAAGAUGCAAAUAAAAGGCCAACUUGA